AUGGUGAUGAAAGGUGAUAAAGAAUUGAAAAGGGUACAAGGAGUAGUGACAAGACUUUGCCAUGAUUAUGGGAUGAUAGAUGACAUGAUAGUCUUCACAAAGGAUGUUGUUACAAAAAACAUGAUGCUGGCUGUUGGACAAGAAGUUAUUGCAACUGUGGAAGAGGAUAAAACAUCAGGGGGCCUGAAGGCUGUCGGGGUAGACACCAUCCAGAGUGCACAAGACUCCAGUCCUGCUCGUGAUGCCUCUGAACAAAAGAAGAAAACAUUAAUUGGCAGUAUUACCUCUCUCUCUGUGGAUGGUGGCUAUAUUAAUCAGAAUACUUACUUUGCAAUGCAAGAUGUCUGGGAAGAUUUCAAGCCUUAUGAAGGUGACUGGGUGCAAGCAAAAUAUUAUAUUAACUCGACAACAUGGAAGAGUGAAGCAGUUGCUGUAAGGCCUUUGAGGUAUAAACAAGUAAACAAGGUUCGCAUUUCCAACGUCUGUGGAAGAACUGGGACAGUAGAUGACAAUAUAUUUUUCACUUUGGAUUCACUGAGGCUUCCUGAUGGUUACUUACCUCGUAGGCGUGAUCUAGUGAACACGAUUGCGGUGGAGAGCAGUCAGUCCUGCUACAUUUGGAGAGCUCUCUGCUUGGUGCCAGUCAGCGAGGAUGGACAAUCUCACUCUAAUGAAGGUAAUGUGGAUGACCCUUAUGAAGACAUAAUGAGAGACAAAGGAGAGUUGAGAGUAUCAAGAAUGACUGACUUUGGAACUCUGAAGCAGGGAGAAUCUAAAAGAAUGAUCAUUUGGAUAGAGAAUCAAGGGAGCAUACCACAGUCCUUAGUCAGCUGCAGAUUAGCUGGAUGGGUGAAAGACAAGCAAUUCAGUGUUGAAAUUCCUCAAAAAUGUGAGAAUAGUCCCUCUUUUCCAAUAAAUCAAGAAAACUUCUCAAAAGCUGCAGUUAAUUCCUUUAACAACAGUGGAGGAACAACAUGUGAGUCAUUGAACUCCACUAUGGAGAAUGGAGUCAUUCCAGGUACAGUGAAAUGGAUUCAUGGACACAGUAAGGAACUCCUGUUGCUUGGCUUUUCUGAUUUUACUGUUGGCCGCUGUAUUGAAGCCACUGUAACACGUGAAGAAGAAUUACUUAUAGCACCUGUGCAACCUUAUUCUCCAAGAAAGCAUAAAAUUAUUCCAGAUUCUCAGCCAAGGAAGACAACAGUGGCUGGCCCUAAACACACAAGGAGUAAGAGAAGGUGGUGUUCAAACUUCCUCCCGCAUUAUACCAUACCGGAUGAGUUAAGAAAAUGUGUUGAACAGCAGUUAGACAUUCUGACCUUUCAGCCCCUCCUAGCAGAGCGUCUUAAUCUAGAUAAUUAUAAAGCAAACUUUUCUACUCUUUUGUGGCUUGAAGAGAUCCAAGCAGAAAUGGAUUUAAAAGAUUACUACAUGACUGGGGUUACUUUGAAAAGGAAUGGGAACUUGUUGGUGCUGGAAGUGCCAGGAGUAGAAGAGGGCAGACCUCGCCUGGUUCCAGGUGAUAAGGUGAUACUGAAGAGUCAGAUCUACUCAGAGCACAUAAUAGAGUACAUUGCCUAUGUCGCUGAGAUAUGUGAGGAAGAUGUUACUCUUAAGGUUAAUGCAGACUUUGAAAAGACUUACAACUUGGAACCCAUGGAUGUGGAAUUUGUUCAUUGCAGGAUUCCUGGCAGGCGAUGCCAGUUGGCCAUUCAGCAAGCUCUUCACCUGGGUGAAAAAGUGCUGUUUCCACAAAGGCUUGUGUUACAAUCACCACAAGUAAUCAAGACCCAGAAUACUGCAGGGUAUUGUGCUAUUGAUGAUGACCGUAAACAAUCUUCACAGCAGGAAAAUGAGGUCAAGAAAAAGCAGAACAAACAGACAACAGGUGGUGAAACUGUGGCAUUUAAACAGAGAAAUGGUGAAUUUUUCAAUCCUGUGCUGAAUGUGCAACAGAAACUGGCAGUGAAAAGGAUACUGAGUGGUGAAUGUCGCCCAACCCCUUAUCUUCUCUUUGGACCACCAGGAACUGGAAAAACAGUAACAGUAAUUGAAGCUAUUUUACAGAUACAUUUUACUCUCCCAGACAGUCGGAUUUUGGUAUGUGCACCAUCAAAUGCUGCAACAGAUCUGAUUUGCUUGCAGCUGCAUCAAAGCAAUCUUUUAAAGCCAGGAACUAUGGUCCGAGUUAAUGCUGCCUUCAGGUCAACAGAGCAAAUUGAUGACAUGGUGAAGCCUUACUGCAAAGAUGGUGAUGAUAUUCAGAAGGCAUUGUGGUCCAGGAUUGUAAUUACAACAUGCAGCAGUGCAGGAUUGUUCUACCAAGCAGACACACGGCUUGGACAUUUCACUCACGUGAUUCUGGAUGAGGCAGGUCAAGCAAGUGAGCCGGAGAGUCUGAUUCCUAUUGGGUUGAUUUCAGAAGCUGAUGGACAGAUAAUUCUCGUUGGAGAUCCAAAGCAGUUAGGGCCAACAAUAAAAUCUAAACUUGCUCAGACUUUUGGAUUAAGUAUGUCCUUGCUAGAAAGACUGUCAUCAAGAGAGCUAUAUCUGAGAGAUGAGGAUGCUUUUGGUGCCUGUGGAGCGUACAAUCCUUUGCUGAUCACUAAACUCACAAAGAACUACAGGUCUCAUUCUGCAUUGCUUGCCUUGCCAUCUAAAUUGUUUUAUCAUAAGGAGCUAGAAGUUUGUGCAGAUACUUCAGUAGUAACGUCUAUGUUGAAUUGGGGGAAAUUGCCCAGGAAGGGAUUUCCAUUAAUUUUUCAUGGAAUAAGGGGCAGUGAGGCACGCGAAGGUCGCAGUCCUUCGUGGUUUAAUCCAGCUGAAGCAGUUCAGGUAAUGGUGUACUGCUGCCAGCUGGCUAGGGGUGAAUUCUCUGCAGUGUCAGUGACAGAUAUUGGAGUGAUUGCACCAUAUCGUAAACAGGUGGAAAAAAUUAGAGUUCUUCUCAGAAGUAUUGAUUUGGAAGACAUAAAGGUUGGCACAGUAGAAGAGUUUCAAGGGCAGGAGUACACGGUUGUCAUCUUAUCAACAGUGCGAUCUCAGAAAGUCGUAAUUGAUGAUGAAAAACACUCUUUGGGCUUUCUCUGUAACCCAAAGAGAUUCAAUGUAGCAAUUACUAGAGCAAAAGCUUUGCUGAUUGUUGUGGGAAACCCUCACGUUCUUGUGAAAGAUCCCUGCUUUUGUGCACUGUUAGAAUACAGUUUAAUGAACAGAGUUUAUAUAGGCUGUGACCUGCCCGCAGAGCUGGAACACCUGCAGAAGUGAGUAUCUGAUCUUCACUUUAACCUUGCUAGAUAUUGAUCAGUUUACACUAUUUUUAGAGCUAGUGUCAUUUGAAAGAUUGAUCAGUACAACAGCCUGUGUUAUCAUAGUAGGAUUGGAUUUUG